UGUUUGAGUCACUGGUUGGAGCAAAGCUAAGAUAGUCGCUCCGAUCAUCCGCCGCCGCUGCUCUGUUGGCCAUCAACGUAUGCCUAGCUAGCCUAGGCCUAGAGCCAUGGAACUUCCAGAUACAUUUUACAAUAAAGCCGAGUACAUUGAAACCGCAUCUGGCAAUAAGGUGAGCAGACAGUCAGUAUUGUGUGGCAGUCAGAAUAUUGUCCUCAAUGGCAGGACAAUUAUUAUGUCCGAUUGUAUCAUACGUGGUGAUUUAGCAAACGUCAGAAUCGGGAGGCAUUGCGUCAUCGGAAAACGCUCCGUCAUCCGACCUCCAUUUAAGAAAUUUAGCAAAGGUGUUGCAUAUUUCCCGCUUCAUAUUGGUGAUCACGUUUACAUUGAUGAAGACUGCACGAUCAACGCUGCUCAAGUCGGUUCUUAUGUUCACAUUGGCAAGAAUUGCGUGAUUGGAAGGAGGUGUGUAUUAAAGGAUUGCUGUUCUAUAGCUGACAACACUUAUCUCCCACCAGAAACUGUGGUACCGCCAUUUACAGUUUUCUCUGGCUCACCAGGUCGUGUGAGCAAUGAGUUGCCAGAAUGUACCCAAGAUUUAAUGAUAGAUAUAACAAAGGGAUACUACCAACAUUUUCUCUCAAUAGCAGACGCACAGUAACAAAAGUUCCACGACUCCUUACAGGUGUUUACUGUAUAAUAUUUGGCUAUUCUGAAUAUUCAAUCUCACCAUUCUGGAUUUGUUGCCAUGAGCAACAGCGAAUCCAAAGUACCUGGAAGUGAUAACCCAUAGUAUGGUGUUACAUAUUUUAGACACAAUUUCUAAUUGGAUGAUGUUCUAUUGCAUGUCCGCUUGCCCCUGGUUUCCUAAUGGCAAAUCGCUUAUUAUAUUCGCACAGCGAUUUUGCUGGAUGCACACUCUAGUUCCUCUAAAACUCUAUAUGAGAAAUACUAAGAUGUACCUACCGCAAUUAUCUGUUAUCAAUUAUCCUUGUUGAAGAAAUAACCUGACAGUUGGAUGCGAAUUAUGGAUUAAAAAAAUCAGGAAUCA